AUGCGCACGCGCUCACCAGUGCGCACACGUGCACCUGCCCAAAUGAUUGGAGGGGUCCGGCGCAGUGCGCGUGACCGUCGCCCAGCUGACAAGAACCGGGAUUACCAGCGCACACUUGAUGAAGAGCAGCAACGGUACGACGACUACAUGCACUUUGCAGGUAUAAGCGCAACAGGUCCUGCUGAACAUGACCUCCCACAGUCACUGCCAGAAGCCUUUGCCCAUGCAGAUGGACACCUGUGGCACUCCGCUCUCAAAGAGGAAUUAUUAAGCCUGAACUCCAACCAGGUUUAUGAGACAGUUCCAAUUCCUGAAGGCAUCAAGCCUAUCACCUCCAAGCCUGUUUUUUGCAUCAAGCUUGAUCAAAAC